AUACACAUUUGUUCAAGAGCAUCACGUCAGCUAACGUAUUAGAUGAUGUGGCGCUUCCUACACUGGCAGGCGAUGAGCUAGAGCAAGUUGUCAUAUCCGCUUCUCAAGGCUUGUACGACCGGUCCCCCUCAACGAAUCAUCACAAAGGGGACAUGAGAGUGGCCCAUGACAUGUGAGUCGCACACACAUGUCGCGCCUACUGCUUUUCUCGAGCACGCUGAUAGUAAUUGCUAUUGCAAUCUCUAGCCUCUCCGUGGUGCCCACCUCUUCGGCUGUAAAGAAGCAGCGCAACUUCAUCGAGGCGACGUCAAAGCUGGGGUCGUACAAGCUCCCGUCAAAAAUGCAUCCGGGGCUUCCGAUGUUGCCCACAGAGAUCAGAAUGACAAAGGACCGCACACGCCUCGUUGCUCUUGUGCUGAGCACUGAUGACGAUGCAUACAAGGCUUGGGAGUCGAUUCUCGACAUCUCUGUCAAGCUGAAUGCAGCCGCAGAACACGCGCCACCCAAAGCGCUAGUGGAGGUCCGCACACUGGCUAUGCUAUCCGAGGCUGCCAUCGCCGCGCAGGACGUCAAGCGGGCAGCGGCGCUGGGCAACCACAUGAUUGCCACAAUUACCAUACUGCGCAAGAGAGCUGCAUCUGCUGCGGCUGUUGCGUCCCGGUCACGCGAUGACACGGAUUCCAAGGGCAUGGCCGGUGAUGCAAUGCUGACUGCAGCGCAAAUGCUGCCGGAGGCGGAAGAGCUGGGGUGGAAGACAUGCUACCAGAUUGCGAAACAGACCGCGUGGGAUGACCAUCCCUCUCGCAUACAGUUCAUGGGGCAUGUGCUAGCCCUGUGUCCAAAGGAGAGGAUCUCUUCGAUGACGCGCAAAUGGCAUGAGCUACAUGACCGAGUAUCCAAUUCAACUGGGCUUGAGCAAGACCUGUUCUUCGCCAAAGCCAAAGGCAGCGCAGCGAAGAGUCCGACAUCGAGCUUGGGCUCGCUGAUGGACGCGUACGCAACACCGUUCGCCUCGCUGCUCGCGAACGCCGGGAGCAGAUCUGCAGAGCGCCAGCAGCGCUUCGCGGGCCUUCCCCCUACACCCAACACGGCGGACUCGUUUGUGCGGUCUCCAGCGCCGGUAGGAGGCGGCUUUGGAGGCCGGGCGGCGCAGCUGUUCGACGUGCUCGGCGGUGCAGAAGCGGCGUUCGACCCGGCCGAGCGCGCUGCGCGGGCGGCAAAGAGCUUCUUUGGCGGCAUCACGGGGCGCGUUGUGAGCGCCAGCGCGGGAAGUGGCAGAGGCAGGGGAGACGCAGCGAUGCCGGUGGGAACGCCACACGAUCCGACGGGCAGACGGCAUGUGAGCUCUUCAUCGUUUGGAGGAGGGACAUUUUCGUUUAGCAAGGGUGUCGGAUGGCUCCUGGGAGAGGAGGAACAAUGAUCACGCAGGGCAACCGAAGACAAUCGAGUUCGCAGUACGCAACUGCAACCCAGCCAUUGUAUGGUAGACAUUGCAUGCCAUCGUCAUACGCAGAUACAAUAAAGCC